UAAGUGUGCACGUCUGUGUAAGUGUGAGAGAAUUAUGGUGGCAUUUAAAGGAGUCUGGACUCAGCCCUUCUGGAAAGCCGUUUCGGCAGAGUUUUUGGCCAUGCUCAUUUUUGUCCUCCUCAGCCUCGGCUCCACAAUCAACUGGGGUGGAGCAGAGAAGCCUCUGCCUGUGGACAUGGUCCUUAUAUCCCUCUGCUUUGGACUCAGCAUUGCCACCAUGGUGCAGUGCUUUGGGCACAUCAGCGGAGGCCACAUCAACCCUGCCGUGACCGUGGCCAUGGUCUGCACGAGGAAGAUCAGCCUUGCCAAGUCCGUCUUCUACAUCAUUGCCCAGUGCCUGGGAGCCAUCGUGGGUGCAGGCAUCCUCUAUCUUGUCACACCGCCCAGCGUGGUGGGAGGCCUGGGAGUCACUGCGGUACACAGAGAUCUUUCUGCUGGGCAUGGACUCCUGGUGGAAUUGAUAAUUACAUUCCAGCUGGUUUUUACUAUUUUUGCUAGCUGUGAUUCAAAACGAAGUGAUGUCACUGGUUCAGUAGCUUUAGCAAUUGGAUUUUCUGUUGCAAUUGGACACUUAUUUGCUAUCAAUUACACCGGUGCCAGCAUGAACCCAGCUCGAUCAUUUGGACCUGCUGUCAUUAUGGGAAGAUGGGAAAACCAAUGGGUGUACUGGGUGGGACCGAUAAUCGGAGCCGUCCUUGCCGGUGCUCUGUACGAGUACGUCUAUUGCCCGGACGUUGAGCUCAAGCGCCGCUUCAAAGACGUCUUUGGUAAGGCCACCCAGCCCUCCAAGGGCAAGUACAUCGAGGUGGAUGACAACAGGAGCCACGUAGAGACCGAUGACCUGAUCCUGAAGCCUGGCAUAGUUCAUGUGAUUGAUAUCGACAGGGGUGAGGACAAGAAGGGAAGAGACCCAUCCAGCGAGGUGUUGUCUUCCGUAUGACUAGCAAGAAGCACUGAAAGCAGAGAGCGGCCUGCUAGCACGUCCACAGAUAUCCUUCCACCCAUUAAAGAAACAGAUCUCCUCUAGACUGAGCACCAUCCACUUCUUGAAAGGUAUGGUGUGGGCACAUGCACGGAGUGGUGUCACCAAACCAUACACCUGCUCGGUUGGAAGAUUAGGACUUUGCUAUAAUUAGGACUCCCCAUCAAUUAUUCCAAACUUAGACUUAUUCCUAGUAUUUUCCUUUCCUUCUUUCUGGAGCAACCCCAAAGUCAAAAAAAAGGAGAUGAAAGCAUUCUCCUUUAAUAAAGCAGUCAAUAAUGAGAUAAAGAUAGAGAUGUGUAACAUCCAGAUUGACAGUUAAGACGUACCAGGAAAUGCCUAUAGACAUGAAGACCUACUUAUCAGAUUGUUCUUCUGACACUUAAUUGGCUGUUGUCAGCACCGAUUAUAACAUCUUACCCAUUAAGCCUUCUCUGCGAGGUUCAGAGACAGCACCAGCACUAUUUAAGAGUUUUAUCCACAGUCAAGCAAAGGAAUAUUGUUUCCACUCAUGUACAUCACUAAUGCCUUGCAGACUACCUCUGAAAAAAAUGAUACUUUAACAGGCUUUUAAGAAAAAAAAUUCUAUCAACCCAUCAAAUUUCACUCAUCGGAUUCACUGUAUAAAUACAUUACCUUCAUCCCCAAGAGUAAAUGUGCUGAAAUGGAAUGUUGAAGUGUAGGGUAAUAAGGCUGCAAAGCAGUGGAUUGUACUUCAUGCUCCCUCUUGUCAUUGUCUAUCUGGUGAAACAUUCUCCUGGGGUUUGACUAUUGACCAUUCAGUGUUAGCAGACUCUCAAGGUCAUGCAAAGAAUAUAAAGGCUUUCCUGUUACUUAAUAACUUAAAUAAGAGAUAUCAGAAGAAAAGAAGGCAUAUCUGUUUUCAGUGCACUUGUUUGAAUACACAUUUCUGUGCUAAUUUAUGUAAACUAAAGGUUUAAAUUACUCACCUAUUUUCUUACGAGAUGGUUGGAGAUAGUGUUUUUUUUAAUUUAUUAGUAAUGUAGAGGGGUUUUAACUUUUAACUGUAUUGAGACACUGAUUGGGAAAUAUUUUUUUAUAACAGAUGAUAAAAAUAUGACUGCUUCUGGCUUUUUGUUGUAACUGAUGCCUAACUAUUUGAACAGGUUCACUGCUUGUUCCUGUGUUCAUAUAGUCAUAAACUACACCUCUGGCAAAGGUUUCUUUAUCUGUUGUUAGAAAAAGGUUCAAGUGCUUGCAGGGUGUUUUAGGGGCAAAAGGACAUGAAAUAUGUUUGGUAAACAGUCUUUCCCCUAUAGAGGUUUUUGCCAGACAAAAUCACCCCAGCAAAACAUUUCUGUAAAGCUUUUGCUGACUUACUGCUUUUGUUUCUGAUCAGUGGCUUUGAGUUUUACAAUAUGCAGCUGCAGAGCAGUCAGGAGCAUGGUAUUAUUACCGUAAUUAUAUAGUUUUUAUUUUUAAAUUGAAAACCUAUCCCUGCUUAUUUAGCAAAAAGAGAGGGAAAAAAAAAUAUUAGUCCUGACUGUGGGCUGUAUUAGCCUCAUCUGUUCUUUGACAUACUCUACAUGCAAUCUUUAUUACAGGGAAUUAGAUGUUUCUAAUGAGAUAAUAAACCACUACACCCUCAAAUCUGUGCACUAUGAUCCAAGGGCAAUUCUAGUAUCCCAGCUUGCAGCCUUGUAUAGUCCCAGCGUGUCCUUUUUCAAGUUCCACAUUUUUCUUGUCUUAAUCCCUGUUAUUGUGGUGCAAGUUCCUUGCACUGAGCAUGAGAUUCAUGACUCCUUCCUGCAUUUGCAGUUGAGCAUGGCUGGGGACCUGCAAUGGACAAUGUCAAAUUGCAGAUAAGAGCUCCUUCCCACAGCAAGGACUAAGUAUCCCAAGGGAAGGGCAGCACAGGUGUGGUGUUAUCCACAGGUGGUAGUUGUCCAUCUCUGCUCAGAUGGAUAACUACCAUGAUAAAGAAAUUCAGUGAGAAAGAUCAAAACUUGUUGGGGAUUUGUCUAGGCAGUAAGUUGGGCUUUUUCUUUUACAUAGUUCCAAUCUGUAUUUGUUAAGGGGACAUUUUGGUUAAACCUUUUGCAUGGCUUAAAAAAGUAAAGAGUAAUACACAUAAAAUUGGUGGAUUUUUAAGCAAAGGUUUGCAUUUUUUUGUACUUAAAGACACUCCUUAAUUUGUGAAUUUUGCAUGGUACUGUGUUAUUUAAAUAAGAAGCUGUGAUUUGCUUUAUGCUUAAGGGUCCUUUACACAAAUGGCUUGAUGUGUGUUUUCCUCACCCAGCUUGAUUCUGCUGCUGAGGUGAGCAUAAUGUGAGCAUAGCACCAGCCACCUCUGUUAGGAGGAUCUUUUUCCUAAAAUAGAGGCCAGCAGGCAGUAAAUGUUGAUGCCAUGCCAUUAGACAUUAGCAGGUAAGCAACGUGGGGUAAGUCUGCUCCUGAUCCCACAGAUUAAAACUUGUGGAGGAGUUUGUAAUUGACUACAGUGGAAAUGAUCCUGAGCUUUUUUGGGGCAUGAUGGCUUCUCUCAGACACUUCACUGUGUUUUUUCUAAAAUCCAAGGCUUUCAGCAAUAUGUUUAAUUUUGGAAGAAGAUGCAUUCAAUUUGAGGCUAGUGACCCACCCUAAAGUAAAUCCUUAGCAGUGGCUGUAAUCACAGGUGGUUCUGCCCCACCACAUUCAUAUAAGGGAACAUCACUCUUCAGCAUCCAUUAGCACAGGGAUACGUGCUCCUCUAAGCUGUCUUGCAAUGGUAUCAUCACUGUACAAUAGUCAUGCUUGGUUAAAUAAUAGGCUAGCAUGACCUUUUUAUGGAUUCAAGAUACUUUUGCUUUAGUAUUCUUUUUAAACAUGUACUUUGAUACUGUUUGAGGGAGAUUUGUGUUCUAAAGCUCUUCAGCUCUACACUGCAUCUCAUAACAUACUUGAUGUCCUCUUAAAACAUUUCUUGGUUUUGGUGGGAAAUAGUUUUUUUUAUGAUUGUGGAUAGAAAUCACAGGAAUACUGGCAGGUCUGUCAUCAUUUUGGGGCCCCAAAAAUAGGAUGAGUCUCACUCCUCCAUGAUAGCAGGAUUGUUUUCAAUGCUAUAUUUGCACUUUAACAAGCACCUUCAUAAUAUUAAGUCUCUGGGUUUCUGAAAAGAAAGCAUGGAAGCCAAGGGUGAUUCUAUUGAAGCCCACAAAUACCUUUUAGGUUAUGUGCACUCUGAGGAGUUCAUCACCCAAAUUCUAGCUAUUCUCAGGAAAAAAAAAAAAAGAAGAAACCCUUCAGCAUCCAAGUUGUCAUGAAAACCCUUCUGUCCAAGCAUUCCACCUUUUCGUGGAAGUAGGAGUGAGAUUCAUCUCAUGCUGUGUUUAGGUUUGUCACGUGUAUUUGCAUAUCAGUUUUUCAAAAUGUGCUUUUUUUCUGGUUAUUAGUAAUUACCACAGUGUGUGUUUAGAAAGCUCGAUGGCCAUCUACCUUUCUAGUGCUUGAUGGCAGAGCAACUGCUGCUGUGCUCUGAAACAUCUUAUCUGCUGGCUGUGUAACACAUUCAGGAUAUUGUACACCAUCCAAUAUUUUUAAUCUUAUUAAAAUAUGUGAGAAUUUACAUCGUGAGUCUUUCUUUUCAAGGUGAGAGGUGAAAACACCAUGCACAAUUUUUUGUAUCUCAGUUCAGCCUGUGUGUAUCAGAGUUUCUCAAGGACUUUCUGAAUAGAUAAUGUGUAAAUAUAGACUGCAGUAUUUGCUACCCACUUAUAUGAUCUAAGUCAUCCUGUUGCAGUCUGAAGUUUAGGACAAAGGAGGUAAAGCAAACUAUGUAUAUGGAUUUUUCCACAAGACUGCUUAUUGUUUAAGUGCUUAGUCACCAUGAUAUCAGAACUAAUGUAAUAGAACUUUAAAAUUCCAUAUGUAAUAUUUGGAAUAAUCUACUGAAAAAUUCACUAUAAAAUAAUACAUGAUUAUCUGGUUCCCACAUGUAUUCUACUGUAUCUCACACUACUGUUGCAAAUAAACAAGUGUCAAAA